UUCACCCACUUACCUAGAGCCGCGUUUACGCUCACGCCGAUUUGCGUUUGAUACCACAUAACCUUGCAAGACACCGAAUCAUGUCAUACAUCUACCGACGCGACAAGAUGGCCAUUCUCCCCGCCGAUCAAGGCGACGGCGGCUGCUCAACGUCUCCGCAGCGAGAGUCAACGAAGGCGUCCAACCGGGACCUUUCCCAGCCCAACGGCGAUCGCGACUCAACCUUUGCCCCGGCAAGCUCUGACGCAGUCCUGAAAUCCUUCGCCCUGAGCGACAUGCAAAACUUUGCCAACUCCACCGCGAACGCUUCCUCCUCCGCUCAGCGUGCAGCUGGGCCGUUGAUUGCUGGUGCUCACGGAGGUAUCAUCUUUCCCUUUAGCGAAGAGCAGGCGCUGGACAGCGUCAACAACAACCCGGCUGGCAAAUCUCGAAAGCGCGGCAAACUCGCGGUCGAUGGUCGCCCCACGGACUCGAAGCAUUCAGUCGCGGAGCACGACGAGCUAGCACAGGGUUCCGGAGAAGUCGAAGAGAUGGAGGUGGAUGCGGAGCCCAAUGACAUGCGAGAGGAUCAGAGCGAAGACGAAGCGGAAGAAGAGACCGAUGAGGAGAAGGAGGUAAAAAAAGUGGAAGCUCGGGUGAACGACAACUUGCCGUAUCGUUCGAUCAAGACGAUCAACAUCCCGAAGCGAUCAUAUCAAGACAGGGGCACUAAUGUAGAGAAGCGGCCUCAAGAGGAUGACCCUACAACCUGGUAUGGCACGAUGCCCUACCGGGAAUCGCUGAUCACGUAUGUCUGUGACGAGAUGGGGUUAAGCUACCAAAGGACCGCCAAUGAGGCCACGGUCCUGCAGUGCUUUCCCGAGGGGAAGGUCAGCAGUGAGUGGAUUCGCAAAUGCCAUCUGCUUUCUCUCGACGAGCAGUACAAUCAAUAUGGCCUCAAGAACGAGACGGAAAUCCCGCGCCCGACGGCAGCUGAAGCCCGUAGAGGCCUGCCACGCGCGCCAAGGGUCUCCUCCGGCACCGCGGCCAAGAACAGCAGCCAGACUGGACGGAACAAGGCCGCACAGGGAUUUGCUCGACCUAGCUUCAAGAACUCCGAGCCUCGUUUUGUGCGUGAGGCACCCUCCCGGCAGCUCGAGAUGACUCAAAUCGUUGUAUGGAGGGACCUCUACAAGUGCUCCUUUGACCAGAUUCGGGGCUUUUGUAAGGAUGACUUCGACUGGGUGAUUAGUUCAGACCAGGUCGAACACUUCUACUACCUUGUUCGUCCAUCGGCUUAUGGCAGCACGGGAGGCCGCAUCGCCGAAGACUCCACAAAACAGAAAGAUGUGGAGAUAGACGAGAGUGUUGAGGCGGCGGCGGCCGCCGCUGGUAUCCUCGCGGGUAGUUUUCGGAGCAAUGAUGGCGGCGAGCAGCAGAUUGAGAAGCAGCAGGCGGCCACGGACCCGCAGACUUACAACAAUGUGUCAGGCUCAUGGUGAGGAGCUAGCCGACUUGCCACGUGGGGUACCAGGCAUCGCAAUGGCACCAUCUGCUAGCUCCAGCGACAAACAACGCACUGCCUGAUAUUCCAUUUCUGCUUAUUGCUGACCCGAGACGAAUGUGAGAACCCUUUGAUAAAUGUUGUAGCCAAGGUGCGCAUGGUACGAGAAUCUGACAUCUACACAACCUUGUUAAAAUACACACUGAGCUUGAUGGAUGUCUCAAACUUAGGACAUCAUAGUUGUUCAUUGCUAAACUACUUCGAUGUUUUUCGACCG